UCGGUCCCUCCCAACCCGGAUACGCAGGGGUAAUAAAUAUUGAAAAUCUUCUUCAGUGUGAAGCUCGCAGGCAGCAAUUCCAGUACCCAAGGUGAGGAGAGCUCCCCUCGGGUCCACGCGCUUUGAAGGGGGAUCAUUUGAAGUCACAUCAAAGCGCCUACAGCAGGAAACGUUAUCAUUUUGAUAACAGACAGUGGGGAAGACUAGGGAGGGUGUGUGUUGCACGGGUUCUUUCACAGUCGUGAAUAGUUGCAUGCAGAAUACCGUGCCUUGUACCACCGAGAGCAUCAACGAACGAUGGCGGAGUGUGGGAGGAAGGCGCUGUCGCUGCUUGAGGCGGCCCGAUGCCGCUACGAGAGUCUGCAGAUCUCUGAUGACGUUUUUGGGGAAUCGGGAGAUGACAGUAGCGAAAACCCCUUCUACAGCACCUCAGGCGACUCAAAUUCAGAUAACUACACCGGGGAGGCCGAUGAGCAGAGGGCAGGUGACAGUGGGAGCAGUCUGAGCGGCGGAGGUCCCCCUGGCUCAGUGUCAAAGAGCCAGGCAGAGGAGGACGGAUGGAGCGACACGUUGCAGGACAUCACGGUGCCCCCCUACACGGACACAUAUGGCCCCGCCCAGAAAAUGGCCGCCACCUCCUCUGCACUGGAUUUUUUCCAGCUCUUUGUUCCUGACAAUGCCAUCCAGAACAUGGUGACUCAGACCAACAUGUACGCCAAAAAGUACCAGGAACGCUUUGGCAUCGAUGAGGGGUGGCGUUCCGUCACUGUUGCAGAGAUGAAGUCCUUCCUGGGGUUCAUGACGUCCACCAGCGUGCAGCGCUGUGAGUCGGUGCUCAGCAUCUGGAGCAGCGGCUUCUUCAGCAACAGCAGCAUCGCCCUGAAGAUGAGCCAGGCCCGCUUCGAGAAGAUCCUCAAGUACUUCCACAUCGUGGCCUUCCGCUCCAGCCAGGGCCAAGGCAGCCAGGGCCUGUACAAGAUCCAGCCCUUCCUGGACUCCCUGCAGCAGUCCUUCAGCUGCUCCUUCAGACCCUCACAGACACAGGUUCUCCAUGAGCCUCUGAUCGAUGAGGACCCUGUCUUCAUCACCACCUGUACAGAGAGGGAACUGAGGAAGAGGAAGAAGAGGAAGUUCAGUCUCUGGGUCAGGCAGUGCACCUCCACCGGAUUCAUCUGCCAGAUCUAUGUCCACCUGAAGGAUGGUCAGGGGGUGGACGGUCUGGCCACGCUGAAGAACAAGCCACAGCUCCACAGCAUGGUGGCCAAGCAACUGUGCCACAACCUGUCCGGGCGCAACGCUAUCGUGUUCACAGGGCCCAGCAUCACCAGCCUCAACCUCUUCCAGGAGUUCCAGAAACAAGAGAUCUACUGCUGCGGCCUGCUGAGCACCAGGAAGAGUGACUGCACAGGCCUGCCCCAGUGCAUGCUGGUCAGUACCUCCACUCCCCAGCAGCGUGGCCAAUCCUGCACCAUGAUGAGAGGCAACAUGUCCCUGAUCAGCUGGUACAACAAGGGCCACUUCCGCUUCCUCACCAACGCUUACUCUCCCACCAAGCAAGGGAUGAUCAUCAAGAGGAAGAGCGGAGAGAUCCAGUGUCCCCUGGCGGUGGAGGCGUUCGCUGCUCACCUUAGUUACAUCUGCAAGUACGACGACAAGUACAGCAAGUACUUCAUCUUCCACAAGCCUAACAAGACGUGGCAGCAGGUGUUCUGGCUGACCAUCAGCAUCGCCAUCAACAACGCCUACAUCCUGUACAAGCUGUCUGAUGCCUACCACGUCAAGCGUUACAGCCGGGCCCAGUUCGGAGAGAGACUGGUCAGGGAGCUGCUGGACUUGGACGAAUGUUCCCCAACACAGUGAAGCAGCAGGCUAAGACCCACUGUCAAAGACACACUUUUAGUGUUCUGUAUAUACUAAACAUGCACAUUGUGUAAACUCACACACGCAUCGCAUAUUCGCACUCCACUGUACUAUCUUUCGUUCUCUAUAUCACGCAAACACAGAUACACAGAUACACACAUACAUUGUAAAUAUGAUGUGUUUUCCCUCUCGUAGUCUUAGGUGUUUCACACUAAUACACACUGGCACACUUGCCCCCGUGCAAACACGCCAACAAACACUGACACGCAGGCACUUUCAUACACACACACAAACACACACUCGAAACUAAAACCCCUCUCUCUGAAGCCGUGCCAAGUCGGACACAGCCCCCCCCCCCCCCCCCACAGAGACUGGGAGAGCCGGCCCUUUCUGUCCUGUAUCUGCUCUGCUCCCAGGGAGAUACCACCCGACACGCGUCUCUCUACAUACACCAGAGCCACUGUACAGAUAACAUGCCUCAGUACCAUUAGUGUGACAGGCUGCAUGACUACAAGCAUCAUAAUGUACUCUCGUUCAGUGUGCUGAGGAAAAGCAUUGGAUUUGAUCAUCUUUUGUCCGUCUUGUUGAGAUGGUUGGGUGGAGUGAUGAUGGUGAUGUGUAUAUAAUCCAUGACCAUUAGCCAGUCAUCCAGGGAGCUACAUCUGGUGUCACAGCUAUGCGUCCUAAAGAGUCAAUACUAUAUGACGUGUGACAUAUGAUAAGUCCCAUAGAGCAACUAAGAAUCUGUCCAUAGACUGGAAUGGACUAGACUAUCAGGCUCUCAUGCACUUUCCAUCUCCAUGGUCUUGCACGUAAGAGAUUUAACAAUAGUUCCUUGACAUGUUUACUAGAUAUUGUCAGUACCUUUGGUGGGAUUCCUAUUAACGGUAACGAUCCGCCCACCCCCCUAAAUAUGAUCAAAUAUGAUAGAUCAAUCAGAAAACAUAAUAAGUCUAAAUAUGCAUCCUCUGACUCUGAGCAGCCCCAAACAGAGAUGAAUAAGUAGAAUACACUUUAGAAUAACCAAUGUAGAAAACCAAAUGAAUAAUAAUAUGAAAAAUAUUUAUAUUAUGAAAUAUAAUAGCUAAAACAUUUAAAAGAUGGAUGGAUCAAGCUCAUAUUGAUGAUUCGAUCCAAUAUCACUUUGAAAAGAAAAAAGAUUGUGAUCUUUCACAUUUUCUUUUUCUAAUGCACCAUUGUCGUUGUUGUCGUAGUGUACUGUAUGUUUCUGUGACCCACUGUCUGUGCACUGUUAUUCUGUUCACAGUAACACUGUUUAAAAGCUUCAUCAUCGUACAACACUCACAACUUAUACAUCCAACUACUAUUAAAGACAGCAGAUUCCAUAUGGAUUAGAGACAAUAAUGACUUUGAGAAGGAUUCUAAAUGAGUAUCAUAUUAAUUCAUGUUGCAGUUAUUGUAUAUAUCUCAAGUCUGGGAUUGCUUCUGCACAGCUGCUGUUACUAGGCAACAUGUUUAAGGAAGUGCGGAGGCCAUGCUGGUCAUCAGGAAGGAGCUGCAGUAGACCAGGGGAGGUCUGCCCAAUCACACAUAUCUUACUGCUCUCUCUGAUCCCACCCACUCACACACACACAAACACACACACACACAAACACAGGAACACACACAGACACUCACUGACACACUCACAUUCACUCCCUCUGUUUCUGUAUCACUCUCUCACACACACACACACACUUACACACACGUAUUUAAAGCAGCUGUGUUUGGUAGGUUCAGCUUUAUGUAAAAGUGUAGUUUCUAGUUUGGCAUCCCAGACCUAAUGUACCAGUUACAGUUAACAUUAUUUGACUUUUGAUUUCCAUAGGGAAUUAUUGCUCUCCUAAUCAGUUAUAAUUGAUCAAAUUUUAAGGUUUUAUUCUCAGGUCGAAAUCCAAUGGUUCAAUAUACAAAUUUCAUUUGACGCUGAAAUGACUAGUAUUUAGUUUAUAAUUUCACAGAUCAGCCAUAUCAAAUAUGUUCUCAGUGCCUUUUCAAGAAGUCUGCUCUUAAGGUUAUGAUAUUUUACGUCACUCUAUGGCUUUUAAAUCCAGUGGGUGAUGGGGGCAGAUUAUGUGUGUGAGAGAAGAGAGUAGAGAGAGUAGAGACAGGAGAAAAAACGAUUAAUCAAGACGACAGAAGAUUACUGUCAAAACUUCAUGCAAUGUUAAUGAUUAUUUGACUAUUCUGCUGUCAGAUUCAAUGUUAACAAUCAGAUGAUUGAUAUAUUGUUUCCAUAUGCAAUCCCAGCACUCUUUCUUGCCUGAGGUCUCCUCUCUGUAUCUAUCUUAGUACCUCUGUACUGCUGUUUUAUUAUCUGACAGUGGAAAAAAGGAUUGCUAGAUUAAUGAGUUAAGUUCAUGGCUAGCCUUUCAAUCUAUUAGCAUACGUCAUCAUUCUGUCUCUCCACUGGAUUUACUCCUGGGCUUAGACCCAUAAAUAACACUAUUCAGACAGCAAGUCCGUCACUGAUACCGCACCAAUGCUCCGGCCCCCGCUACCCAAUUAGCACUCCUAUUGGAGAAUCUAGACCUGCAUGCCUAUUAGUGCUCCUUUCCUUUGGGUGUGUCUCAAUAGUCUGAAUUGACUUCCUCUCCUUGUCUCUUUUCCUUUCAGUUUAACUAGACAGGUGGAACCUUUUUACGGCCUUAAACUACCUGGGGUUUCCAGAUCAGUGACAGUGAGGGGAGACAAGGAAAGGGAAGCACCUUUAAUACUUGGUCAGGUGGUCAUAUGGUACAAGUAAACAAUGUCUGUCACACCAUGUUGUAACGCAGCUUACAGCCUUCCAGAUUCAACUCAGCUGUUCAGUACAUUAAAGCUACACUGGACCUAUUGAUGAUUGUCGUACUCAAAUGCAAUGGGAGGUCACGGGAUGUUGGAAAUGCCUGCUUGUGUGCCACUGUGUUCCACUGCCUGUUUAACAGGGUGUGCUUUGGGCCUAAACACUGACUCCUUCUGGAUGGGAGCUGGAGAGCUUCUGAUGUCAUUGAGAAGAUAAGACCUUAGGUGACCUCAGGGCUUCAUCGAAUUAGACAUUCUAAGGUUUAUUAAGAAUAUGUAUUAACUACGAUAACCUUAAAAGGUGCUUUCAAAACACUGUUACGAACAAUAGAAGUUGGAAUUUUAAUGUGUUUCAUCAUAACAAGCUCAAUAACUUCUCAGUUAUAUGUUUAGGGGUGGAAAUGGUUCUGUGAAUGGAAAUGGGCGGUGGCUACGAUGGUGUAAUUAAUUGUUGUGUGUUGUGUGUAAAAUAUCUCAUGUAUGUUGGACCAAAAUUCCUAACCGACCUAAUCUAGUGAUCAGUUCAGAUGGUACUGUAUGUAGAGUCAGAAAACGAACUGCAGUGUACUGAUGCUGUUGAUAAGGAGAAGUUGUUCCCCCAGCGAGGCCUUGACCAGUGUCUGGUGUCAGCAGCCUCACCGUGCCACUCUAUGAAUGCCCUGAGUAUGUUGUGUUGUGGAAUAUGGACUAUGCUUCCUGUUUAUUGGUCUGUGGCUGGUUCAGGACAGUGAUUGCUGUAUCGUGUGUUUUCUCCUCUCUGAAGGUGUGUUGUUACCCGUUGUCUCCGCUGUAUGUGUAUGUGUGUGUAUCCUCCCAUGUUAACAGUGCACUAACCC